UGUAUUUUUGUAUGCAAACAUUGCAAGCAACUUUUACAUAUUUUUUAAAUUAUACAAAUGGCAAAUUCAAAUGCUUCUGGACCUCUAGGAGGAAAUACGGAAGAAGAUGAGUUGACCCUUCCACGAGCUAGUAUUAACAAAAUGAUAAAGGAAUUAGUACCAUCUGUUCGGAUAGCAAAUGAAGCUAGAGAGCUUGUUUUGAAUUGUUGCACUGAAUUCAUACACCUCCUAAGCUCAGAAGCUAAUGAAAUAUGUAACCAAUUACAUAAGAAAACUAUCAACGCAGAACAUGUUUUGAUGGCAUUAGACAAAUUGGGUUUUGGAGAUUACCACGCUGAAGCAGAAGCAGUGUUAAAGGAUUGUAAAGCGGUCGCAGCCAAACGUAGGCGGCAAAGCACUCGCCUCGAAAAUUUAGGCAUACCAGAAGAAGAACUUUUAAGACAACAGCAGGAGCUAUUCGCUAAAGCAAGACAGGAACAGGCCUAUGCUGACCAGCAGCAGUGGGAACAACUACAAGCUGCAGCUCAACAGGCACAAGCUUCAGCAUUGCCUGCAAAUGAUGAUCAAGAUGAUUAUUCGUAAUAAACAGACAAUAAAGACUGAUUCAUACCA